AUGGGAGAUGACAAACAAGCCCUCUACACGUUCAAGAAAACGAUAACUGACGAUCCGUCCGGCCUCCUCCGCACGUGGGCCUACAACACCGACUGCUGCACCAAAUGGGAGGGAGUCUCGUGCGAUCCCAUAACGGGCCAGGUCGUUAGCCUCACCCGUGCGGGCUUCUCCUCGGACGAUGAUGACGACACUUCCAUGUCAGGAAAACUCUCCCCUUUCCUCGGCAACCUCACUUCCCUCCAACGCCUCGACCUCAGCAACCUCAAAUACCUAAGUGGGCCCAUACCGACCGAGCUCGGUGGCCUGGCCAACUUGACCAAAAUCUUUCUCAACCAAAACAACCUAACGGGCCCGAUUCCCGCCACCUUCCAAAACCUGACACGUUUGCAAAAAUUGCUUCUUAACGAUAACUGCCUCGUGGGCCCAAUCCCAUUCGACCUUUUUAUUAGCAUGACUUUGCUGACGGAAUUGGACCUCGCCUUGAACGCAAUUUCCGGUCCGAUACCUCCAUCGGUCGGGAAAUUGGCCUCGCUAGCCAUCCUCGACCUCCACAAGAACAACUUCUCGGGAGAUGUGCCCAAAUCCAUAGGCGGGCUCGGGAAUCUGAAGUACGUCGAUUUUUCCGGCAACCGGUUGACCGGAAAAAUCCCGGUGUCCAUCGGCAAACUUAGCGCGCUUGAGAUGUUAUACCUCGACGGCAACGAAUUAACCGGAAAAAUCCCUUCCUCCGUCGGCCGGCUCAGAUCACUGCUGUUUCUCCGUUUGUCGGAAAAUAAAUUGACAGGGGAGAUACCCCGGUCGAUUGGGAACCUGACGGGGCUCAAAAGUCUGUCUUUCCAAAGCAAUCAACUCAGUGGAAAACUACCUCAAACACUAGGCCAACUCAUUACGCUACAAGGCAUUUAUUUCUCUAACAAUCAAUUCACAGGAAAAAUUCCUUCCAGUUUGGGAAAUCUGACGAAUAUAAAGAGCUUGGAUUUAUCAAACAACCAACUUUCAGGCCCAAUCCCAAUUGAAUUCCUUAAAUUAAAGCACCUAAAAUUUCUUGACCUGUCUUUCAAUCCUCUAGGGCUGAUUAAUUUUCCCGAUUGGCUUAAAAGUCUAAGCCUUUCUCAACUGAUGCUCGCGAGCACAGGGCUCGAGGGGGAACUGCCCAACAGCCUGACUUCGUUCUCUUCCCUAUGGGCUCUUGAUUUGUCGAGUAAUUCCCUAAAAGGGAAACUACCUUCAUGGAUUGGAAACAUGACAAACCUUUACGUUCUAAAAUUGUCCAACAAUCAAUUCACCUCCUCUGUUCCAGACGAAUUCAGGAACCUUGUCCGCUUAGACGAACUCGAUCUCCACUCGAACAACCUCUCGGGAAAUAUAAACGCGUUUUUCGAAAAACGAUUCGUGUUCCCAUUCGGGCAAUACAACUCGAUCGACCUUUCUAACAACAUGUUUAGUGGGCCCAUCAACGACGACAUCGGGAACAAGCCGGUCAUGAAUUUCGUAGAUACUUUGAUUUUGUCCAAUAACCCUUUGGGCGGGAAAAUACCCGAAUCGCUCGGCAAGUUGCUUUAUUUGAGGAGGCUCGAGAUGGAGAAAAAUGAGCUCGUCGGAGAAAUACCGAAAUCGCUUGGGAAUCCAAUUGAGCUCAACACCAUUCUUUUGUCGGGGAACGGAUUGAGUGGCGGGAUUCCUAUGGAGGUUUUGAACCUCAAGUACCUCAAGAGAUUCAAUGUCUCGGACAAUCGUUUGAGCGGGGAAAUACCGGCUCAUAAUGUGUCUAUUCCGGCCUCGGAUUUCGAGGGGAAUGCCGGUUUGUGUGGGGAACCGCUUCCUCCGUGUAACAAGUAG